AAUGACCCCGACAAGUGUAACCGAGACCUGUGCUGCUGGGAUUGUGGUAUGGAUGUCGGUAUGGAUUUCGGGCACAGCAGCAGCAGUGGUGGCGGUGGUCCGCCGACCAAGGAGGAUCCUACAUAUGCAAUGUAUGCCUACGGCUUGCCUGAAGGCUUCUACGAAAAUUGCACCACAACGCAGGCUGAGGCAAUUGCCAUGUUCACGAAGUACAAUGAGCUCCAUGACCCAUGCGAGUGGGCUAAGUUAAACGGACCGUUCAACUGUGAACGAGCAGGCCCAACCGGCAUCGGUCAGCGAUUCUCGCUUGCAUAUGCUAAUGCACUUCUUGCAUACACAGUCAUUUCUGCCACUAUCGUCAACAUCUUCUACGCCAAGGCGAAGCGCAGGGCAGAGGGCAAGGAUGUCGAGAAGGGCAUCGAGGAAGUCGAGUUUGUCGAUGUUGGUCCCAGGCCGGCGCAGCCCACGACGCAGAUCCAGUUCGCCGACGGUACUACGCUCACGCCAGAGCAGAUCCAGGCGAAGGUUUAAGUUAAUUUUCACCACAUCGUCCAAGGGGUUAAGAUAAGUGAGCGCGAGCUUGAUCCAAGGAAAUGGUACCUCUGUGCUCUUCAGAGAUACAUGAUGUGAAAAUGCCAACGACAUUUCGAAUUCAGUUGUUCAAGGCAAGGCGAUGACCCCUGCAUGAAUAGGCAUGUUACACGUCUGUUGAUCAUGGAAGCCACCUUUGGGGAGGCCGAGAGGGCAUUUUCACCACAUUUUCACCAUGUUUACUCUUCACCAUGUUUACUCUGCUCACACUGCAUGAUUGUUCUUGCCCGAUUUCUCUGUUGUAAUAUGUAUGGUAAAAUAUGUAUGGC